AUGGCGCACCGCCGCACCGACCCGGCGCCGCCGUGCAACUUCGUAGCGCGGGACAACUGCUGGAAAAAAUACAUUGAAAGUGAACUAGAAGCUGCAAGAAGAUGGUCUCACAAAUGGGGAUUCUUGAAAACACCUCUUGAGGAGUUGAUUGAAGAUGAAAAGAAAGAAAAUACAAAGCCCAAGAUACAGCUUCCAGAACAUCUGCAGGUUCAACCUGUGACACCUGUGGAAAAAUACAUUAAGGUGAUUCCAUCUCCUCCAGUACCUAAGACUACCCAGGGUUUUAUUGGCUGGAGAUCAGCUGUUCCAGGGUUGGAACUUGAACGUGGUUUUCAAAUCCAAAGCUGCAAAGGUACCUUUUUUAAGGAUUUGAAGUGGCCAUGUGAGCCCUCUGACUGACAUUAAGAAAUAACAGUUAGGCACAUAGGUCCAUUUGCAUUCCUAAGUUAACAUUCUAUAAUGGACUGUUGGACUGUUAAACAUUUAUGCUUUAAGAAUGAUUUAUG